GUAAUCAGCAAACAGAAAGAAACCUUUGCCCACAUGUCCAUGCCGGUCCUCAGACGGUGGACGAUGCUGGAAGUGCUGACGGUGGACGAUGCUGGAAGUGCUGGUUUAACCCUCAGACGGCGGAUGAUGCUGGAAGUGCUGGCGGUGAACUUUCUACUUGCAAAGGUAGGCCACCAAAUUUCGUGCGGUCAUCAGACGACGAGUUGGUGGAUACUGGUAAAGAUAAUUCAUCAGAGCAAUCCGAUGAAGAAGCAAUCAUAAUAAAAAUCAGAAAUUUAAAUCAUGACUUUAUUAAUAUCUGUAACAAUAUUUUUUACAAAUUACAAUGUAAAGGCCGGCCGGCCUAUAUAUUUAGAAUCGUGGAAUUUAGAAUACCAUACAAAUCCAGACGUCUUCAAAUUUCUAUAUUACCCGACGAUCCAGAAGAAAAACAAAUUCAUGAUAUACAGAUCAAUAGUGGUAAAGAGAAAUUUAAAGAACUUUUGAAUCAGUUAGACGGGUCUGAUUCUAGAGGAGAUGUCAAGACAGAAUUCCCACUUCCAGACGUAAGAACGAAACGUCGUAUUUUUAAUAUUCAUACGGGGAGAAUGACAUUAUCAGAUGAUGUGAAUCUUGAGGAAUUUGUAAUAUCUAAAGAUGAUUUGAGUGCAGAUUUGCAUGCUCUACGGGAACGUCACAUGAAAGUAAUCGCUGAAGAUUUAGGAAAGCGCGUGAGAAAGUUCUUUAUCGCAAAAAAUGGGGUAAAAUAUUAUCUUCCAAUUGCCGAAGCAAAAAUCCCAUUAGGACCUGAAUCCAUCGAAGAGAUAGAAGAAUUUGUUCAUGUUUUAAUGACCAUAUGA